AUGGCGAUUAGCGUUUAUCAGCAUUUGAAUAUCCCGGUAGUUAACUUUGCCCUUGCUCGCACGGACUCUGAAGAGAAUAGGCGAAGGGUUGCAAAGGAGCUGUACGAGGCUUUCAAGAAUGUUGGGUUUGCGUAUGUGAAGAAUCAUGGCGUGCCUCAGGAAGUUGUUGAUGAGGCCUUCGCAUGGAACCAUAAAUUCUUCAGCAUGCCGCGGACUGACAAAGACAAGGCACCUCGCCCAUCAGCGUCGUGGCACCACCGCGGCUACUCGAGCGUUGGCCGCGAGAAAGUGUCUCAGAUGAUUUUUGAUGAAGCGUCCAUUUCAGCCGCGCGAAGCGUUCCUGAUGUGAAGGAGUCGUAUGAGAUUGGUCGCGACGAUGAGGAGGCAUCUCUGCCGAAUAUUUGGCCGCCUCAAGAUAUUCUCCCGGGAUUUCGCGAGUUUUUCAACAAAUUUUAUGAAGUGUGCUAUGCCGCUGAGCUGGAGAUUCUGAGACUUGUUGCGCUGGGAAUGGGGCUUGAAGAGGAGUAUUUCAUUCGCUUUCACAAGAAUAGGGAUAACCAGAUUCGACUGCUUCAUUAUCCCCCCAUUGAGGAAAGCAUUCUUCGACAAGGUAAAGCAGAGAGAAUCGCUGCACACACGGAUUACGGCACCAUCACGAUGCUGUUCCAGGACGAUGUGGGAGGGCUGGAGGUGGAGAGUGUCAACGAGAAGGGGAGAUUCAUCCCUGCGCCGUAUAUACCCAACACGGCCGUGGUGAAUAUUGCAGAUUUCUUGAUGCGCUGGAGCAACGACGAGCUGAAGUCGACGAUGCACCGGGUCAAGGCCCCGCCAUCUCUGGCGGCAGAAGGGGACGAGGCUGUGAUGACGAAGAAUAGAAUGGCCAAGGCAAGACACUCGGUGGUGUACUUUGUUGGUGCGGACUUGGAAAAGACGGUGGGUUGUGUGCCUGGUUGCUGGGGGCCGGGGAGGCCGAAGAAGUAUGAGCCGGUGAAUGCGAUGGAGUAUAUACGAAUGAGAUUGCAGGCUACUUAUUGA